ACUGGACUUGGAAUGAAGCUUCCAGGAGGCAUGACAGGUCGUCGGUGGCCCGACCGAAGAACUACUGCAGGCCGUCGCUGCAGUACAGCACUAUUCGCACCUUAAUGGUAAAUAAAUUCUUAUAGUCCGCUUCCCCUGCAUCCUUCCUCUCCUCGGAGUCCUCGCCUCCCCACUCACUAGCCUCCCCUGCAAAUUCUACCUUUUCAGGCAUCCACACUCUCUGUGAGGCCAUCGCGUGAAUGGAAAGCACAAGAAAGAGGACCGUGGAAGGACGAGGCCAUUCUAGGGUAGGCCACAUCAUAGAGAAGCCUGCAAAUGAGCGUUCACCGUGGAAUCAGCAUGGUUGAAGCCGACGGUCGAAUCUGUUUCACGGGCUUUGCGGCAUUCUCCUCCUUCUUCGCUUUACCGCCGGCAUCUGUGGAGGAUUUUUAGCUUGGACCAACAAUGUCUGCUUCUAGUCCCGUUUCUGUCUAUAACCUCUUUCCCUGCGACAUCCUCCCGCCCAAUGGCCGACUUUGACUACGCUACUGGCUUAUAUGAUGACUUACAUCCCCAUGCGAAUUCGAAGGACUUCUCUUACUCUCGGUUUUCCAUGUUCUCUCCUUCUCCAUACCACUCGGACGCGUUCUCCUUGCAUCUGCCAAGGUUUUUCUCCAGACGGUCGUUCCCAGAUGGAGGCGCGAAUUGGAAGAUAUACUUCUACUUCAUCAUGCAACUCGUCGGCGGCGUUGGUCUUACAGUUCUCUUGGCUACCAUGCUUUGGCCAACAAAACCUCGGCGGCCCCGUAACCCGCUCCUCUUGUCCCUCUGCUUCUCAUGGUGGAUAUCGACUUUUCCAUGUCUACUUCUCUUAUAUUAUGCCAACCAGGUAACGGGCCCACCGCCGACGCCAGAUAUAUGUCUCGCAAGUGCAGUCUUGACAAUGGGUCAAUCCAUCUUGGUUGCUACGACAGCACCGGCGCUCGUGUUUAACGUAUGGUUGAUCAUAAAGACAACCGUCACGUCGACUUUUGAUGACGCUCGCUGGGUAAGAUGGACUACACGCUUUUGUCUUGUAUUGCCAUAUGUAAUGUUCGUCACGUUUGGAAUGGCGGCGUUCGGGCUUGGUCGUACCCAUCCCGAGCUCGUCCAUAGAGCGACAUUUUAUUGUAUCGUUGACGAUCGAUCACUGACAACCGCUUUGGGAGCUCUGGGUACUGUGGCUAUGAUUGUUACUAGUGUUUUCGAAAUAUGGAUAGUCUACCUCCUUCGAACAAACCAAUCCCGAUUGAAACAGCUUAUUGGAGAUGGGAGAGGGUUGUGUAACGUCUCUUUAGUGGUGAGGGUGAUCAUCUUUGGAUUCUAUGUACUUCUCGGACUUUGCUUGAACAUCAUCUCGAUUUUUGAUUGGACGAGCCCGAUUCCAGAUCUAUUCUUCUCAACUUUUGGCAUCGCCGUCGUUGUUGUCUUCGGUUCCCAGCGUGACAUCUGGCAUAUCUGGAUGACGUUCUCGCGAAACCUUGCAUCUUCCGCUUCCAAUUCAAAGAUUUCGUUUCAGGGUACCCCCACUAGUCCGCUGACGCCUAACCCUCCUGGAUUGCUUUCCCACCAACAACAGUCACAAACUCAACCCCCUACCCCAUCCACUCGACGUACCGAUGGCUAUGUUGGGAGAAUAUCUGCGAUAUUCUCCAGACGGUCUUCUCAAAUGCAAACUCAAACUGAAAUGCAGACACAGACACAGACCUAUACUCUACCGUACACGCGAGGCUCACGUUCUGUACGCUCGAGAAAGUCUAGUGCGAAAGGACAUGAACAUUCGCUUAGUUCACCACUUCCUCUGCCAACCAAACUGAGUCUAUCCGACAUUCAACGACCUCUCCCUCCAAUUCCGACUCCCCCACUUCCAUUCCACGCUCAUUCAUUCUCAUUGCCACAAACCCGACGUUCAUUUGGUUUUGCAAGGUCGUCUCGGCCACCAUCUAGACAUACACCCACCCCGACACUUCCUCGUACUCACCAUCCUCAUUCGAAUCAUACCCGAAGUCGGUCCCUCGGUUUGAGUUUGAAUAAUCUUACGUUCGGAAGCUUUGGCAGUUUGAGGAGUCUAGGAAGUCUAGGGAGUCUUGGCAGUUUAAGUAGGACCGCCGGGUUUAAUGCGAAUCGAAGUCCGAUUAAGAGGAGGUUUGGAAGGGAUGCUGGGUAUGAAGGGUUUGACAGUUCUACCGAGUCGGUGGUUAGUUUUACAGAAGGAGGAGAGAUGUCUGGCUAUCGGACGACCCAGGGCCAGGAUCGCGGCGAGGUAGGGUUUGAGAUGGAUAGUAUUGACUUUCCGGUCGAGUUUAGGGAUACGCCGGACGUUCUGGGACGUACUGGAUUUUAUAUGUGCGAGGCCGGUGGUGAGGAAGGAGGUGUCGUGGAGGGUUCAAAAGGAGACGGAAUAAGACAGGAUGUCGUCGAUGAGGCAAGGGAAAGGAGCCUCCCGCCGUUACCUGCGCCGACACCGACACCAUCCUCUUUGACGAUUGAUACAUUCGUCAUGUCUACGUUGGGAAUACCCAGAGCUGAUUCUCCUGACACUCUUAGACCGCCGAAAAGGGUUUACGAGGCUGAUAAUAAUAGGUGGAGGCGUCAAAUGUAACUGUCGGUCGGGCUCGUUGGGAUGCUUCCUCUGUUGUAUCGUUUCAAGUCGUUUGCCUCUUUGCUUUCUUUUGCAUCGUUUUGGUAAGAACUCACUCAUUGUUGGAUGAAAUGCAAGGUCUUGCUGCGGAAAUCUCUCAAAUUUGGGAGCGUCCGUUCUCGUCAGAUUGGCGUUAUUGUAUUCGGGGGAUUGUAAUACUAAUGUUGAUAGUUGUAAUAUAGCUUGUAGUAUAGAUCAUAGCUUUCGCUCAGCGAUGCACCCUCUGUUGCUUUUUGCGGUCCCUUUUAUUUGUUCUUUACCCCCAUGGCUAGGCUCCUUCGUUAACAUUGCUGAACUCG